AUGGUCAGGAAGAUGGAAGGCCAGGAGAGCGAGCCAUUUGAAAAGGAACACUUCGACGAAUUGAGUAAGAAGGUGCUAAAUGGGCGACAGAUUAAGAACGCCGUCAAGACUGCCCAGUCUUGUGCUCGAAUGGAGGGAUGCUUCGAUAAAUUGCGUCAUACAUCGAACGCGGUUCACAUGACGGUAUGUCAGAAUACAGAACAUCUUGCGGUACGAGAGGAGGAUGCGAUGAUUGAUGUUCCCAUACAGCACGCCGUUUAUUCUGUCUUAACAAGAUACGCCUGGAAAAGUACAUUCGCAUGGCUAGGAGUGUGCUUCUUUGCUGGAACGGUGGUAAUCCAUCGUUUGGUUAAGAAACAUAAAUUCUCGCCGAAAGCACUCACUCGGAAACAACAAGCGACCGGGUUUCAAUUCAUGAGUAUAUCUGGGUUCUGCGGCUCAGAAUUAUGGACCUGGUUGGCAUCCAGAAUAUGGAAAGUCGCUGCGAUGAAUGAAUGGUUGGCUCCUUAG